AUGAGCAGUGAAAGCAGCGAAGAGGAUGAGCCCCGGCCGUCCCUCCACCGAGUGGCAAAAAAAUCGACGUCCAACCCCAAACCCUACCCCAGCCGUAUCAGAACCCCCGGGUCCCAGAAAACUCUGACGGUAGCCAACCGAUUUUUGGAAAAUUUUAAUCCUGAGACUAGCAUUCGCGAGAAACGGAAAUUGAAUCGCAAAAUCAAUCCGCCAAGCAACGUUCGGAGGCCACCAGGGGCUCUCUAUGACGAGAAUGGAAUCCACAUCGCCACUUGCAUUGAUCUUUGCGAUUGCUUGAGUGAAGAGUGCGUGGGAUGCUUUCUCCCAUGCCCCAAAUGUGGCUCAAGGAAAUGCGGAAUUGACUGCCGUGUCCAUAGGAAAUAUGUCUAUGAUCAGCUUGAGUACCAUGGGUACGAUAUUGUGGUGAAGAAUCCCUUAUUUAGGAAUUGA